ACAUGUCCGGACUCCACAGAGAUCUCCCCUCACUGAGAGACACAGCACAGGCCCGGAAGAUCACAGCUGGAGGCGUCUCUGGGGGGGAAGAGGACUGAAAACUUCAACCAAACACAACGGCCGCCAGCACACGGGAAACUCUUCGUUCGUGGAAAUUACACCAAACAUGGGGAAGACCACUAAUGGAGUGCCUGCGCUUUCCUCCCUGGAAUACGAUGCGGUGUCCACACCCAACAAGAGGGCUCAGAAGAGGAAGAACAUGAUGGAGGAGGAGGAAGAGGAGGAGGAAGAGCGGUCUAUAGAAGGCGGUGCAGGAAAGAGAACCUCCCUAUCGUUAGAGAAGAGCUGUGUGAGGAGAACGCUCGUCGUCCUGCUGUCUCACCUGGAGGCUGAAUCUGAGAAGCCGGAGGAGUCUGGUGAUCAGAAGAGCUUAAUUAUUAAAAGAAAAGCCCGGAACAAACCCCCUCUUCAGUCUACAUCCACACACCGUAUACUCCACAUCUCCUCCAGUAAAAACGCUCCGGUUGCAAGUCUUCGGGAAGACCCCUCUGAGAAGAAGUGUGACGUACCUCCAGAGAUGAGGCGGGGAAAUGGGCGUCCUGUGGUUGCGCUCGUACGCUUGAGAGAAGAAUCUGACAAUCUGAAGGACAAGGUUUUCGCAGAGAAAUCUAACAGUGAGAAUGGCACGGAUCAGGGCUUAAUUGUUAAAAGAAAAGCCCAGAACAAACCCCCUCUUCAGUCUACAUCCACACACCGUAUACUCCACAUGUCCUCCAGUAAAAACGCUCCGGUUGGAAGUCUUCAGGAAGACCCCUCUAAGAAGAAGUGUGACGUACCUCCAGAGAUGAGGCUGGGAAAUGGGCGUCCUGUGGUUGCGCUCGUACGCUUGAGAGAAGAAUCUGACAAUCUGGAGGACAACGUUUUCGCAGAGAAAUCUAACAGUGAAAAUGGCACGGAUCAGCAGGAAAGUGGAUCCAGUGUCUCUGCUCCCAGCACACACAUCACGGCAACUACGAACGGUGUAAGGAGAAGUGUUAGGAAAAAGAAGCUUCUGUACGACUCCCUGGAGGAGGAGAAGUUAUUCUUUGAGCCAGACGAUGCGGCCAACAUGAACGUUAACCCUAAAAUUGUCGUAAAGAAACCCUCUGCGGAUGAAUCUGAUAGCGAGGACGAGUCUGAAUCUGAUAGCGAGGAAGAGUCUGAAUCUGAUAGCGAGGAAGAGUCUGAUCAGGAACAGAUGGAACUCUCUGAAUACGAGCGUGAAAGACUGAAAAAUAUAAAGGAGAAUGCAAAAUUCCUGAACUCCAUAAAAUUGCUGGAGUCUGUAGCAAGCCUUCAUCCACCAAAAAAGAAGAAUCAGAAACGUGUUGUCAAAGGAGAGAAUACAGUUGCUCGCCGUUCCAAUCGGCUGCAGAAUGUAACUCCUGAAGUUAAACCGGAAGAGAAUGUGCGGCAUAUGAAACCUCCAGGUCCCAUAGAGAUGAUUCCAUUGAACAAACAGGAUGACGAUAAGGCAAUGGACCAAUUCACGAGAAUGUGGACUUCAAUCAGCCAGGAGACUAUUAAAACCCCAACAAAUAAGACUGUGAAAGACCUAAAGAGCUAUGAAAAAAGUCUGAAAGAAAUGAAGCUGCGAGCCGGGGGCGUUGCCAAAAUGGUUCCUGAACGAAUUUUGUCUGUAGCCAUCCAUCCCUCUGAAAGGCGGACACUUGUGGCAUCCGGAGAUAAGUACGGGAAUGUUGGACUCUGGAAUGUGGAUGACAAUUCGGAUGGAAAGGAAAUUUAUGUGUUUGAACUCCAUUCACGUAAUGUUGGUUGCCUUUCUUUCUGUCCAUGGAAUCCGGCUUGUUUGCUGUCGCUCAGCUAUGACGGCACUGUGCGCUGUGGUGAUGUCACCCGCACUGUCUUUGAUGAGAUCUAUCGUGAUGAGGAAGAAAACUUCUCUUCCUUCGGUUUCUAUUCGGCUGACGGUUCUGUCCUGAUAGUCAGUCACUUGGAUUCCAUGCUGUCACUGAUGGACCGCAGAACCCCUGGAACAACCUAUGAAGUACGAUCGCCUGUAGACUUAUCGAGCCCCCGCACUGUCAGUGUUCAUCCAUUGCAGAGAGAGCUGUGCGUUGUAGCAGGAGCUGGAGAUGUCUGUAUUUAUGACAUCAGACAGAUCUCCAGUAAGAAGCUUUGCCCCGUGAUCUCCUUACCUGGACACUCGAAAAGUGUGUCGUCUGCAUACUUCUCCCCCGUCACCGGCAAUCGUGUCCUCACCACCUGCGCUGAUGAUCACUUACGAGUGUUCGAUAGCAGCAGCCCGACCUCCACCGCUCCACUUCUCACUUCAAUCAGUCACAACAACUACACCGGCUGCUAUUUUAGCAGUUUCCAAGCGUUGUGGGACCCGAAGCAAGAGGACUGUUUCAUGGUGGGCAGUAUGAGUCUGCCUCGGCAGAUUGAGGUUUAUCAUGAAGACGGGAACCUCGUAGAUAAUUUGUGGGAUGAAAAGCUGACCACUGUGUGUUCCAGCAACGUCAUGCAUCCCACCAGGAACAUCGUGGUGGGUGGGAACAGCAGCGGGAGGCUCCAUGUGUUCCGGGACCAAUUCGCCUGAUACAGGAGGGUCCGUGGAGGUCAAGACUGAAAUCCAGCGAUGGAAGCUGGGAGGUUCGCAAUAAAUCCGCCGCAGUUGUUUGUUACGUGAAUGAUUCCAGUUGUGGAAUGAAUCCAGGAGCCGGGUUCACACCGCUGCGACUUUUCGUGUGACGUGCGAAAGCUACAUGACCAGGCAAAUCGCAUUCAUUUCAACAUGUUCCAUCUUCAUUGCUGCGACAAAAAAAAAAA